AAAGCAUUCUACGGGUUGAAUGUCACCAAUACAGUAGUAGCAAAUAAUACCGGAAACGGUAUUUGGGCACAAGAUGUUCGAGAUCGGACAGUGCUGACGAAUGUGACAGUAGUGAACAAUGAAGGACAAGGAGGAUUGGUAGUGAAAGAUGGCGCGGCGGAUAUCUGGAUCAAUGCUUCAAGAAUAGAUGGUAACUGGGGUGAUGGUAUCAAUGUUUCUUACGCCGGUGGUUCCAUUACGGUUAAUGGCACGUCCAUUAGUCGCAACCGAUGGAGAGGUAACCACUUAUUCAGUUUUGAAUAA